AUGGCUUCUUCCCCUGCACCACGCGACGUUACCGUGGCUACCGACACAGACUCGUUUCGUUGUCGGGUGUGCCGCGGUAUCCACGCACUGCGCAAGUGUCCCCGGUUCAUCCAACACCAAAGAAGCGUUUCCGGGCAGUACUGGUUCCAACUGCCUGGCUCAUCAGCACUCAGGGGGCACUUGACGCAACGAUAUACCGUGCAUUGUGGCGAGGACCACCACACCAGCCACGUUCCAAGUGGCGGAUGGCGCGACACCGGCAUCCGUCGGCCCAUUCACCAACGCAUCAGUCCCGUGCCUAUCCCCGCUAUGACGCUGACAGUACUUCUCAAGGGCAAAGGAUUAGGCAUCUCUCACACCAGAGCGACCAAAAGAAAGCAAAAGUUAUUUGACUUAAGAAAAUCUAAGCAAUUAAGAUGUAAUACAUGUGUUUUUAAUAUGUCUGACGACCGAUUUGUCCAAUCAUUUUGGAUUGAUAAAGACACUUUUAAAAACAUAUUGGAGACAGUCAAGCCACAUUUAAAAGUAACGACACUGUCUCACUCUAUGCAAUUGACUUCUGUGUUGCGAUAUCCUGGAUGUUAUCAGUUCUCAAUCGCCAAGGACCACCAUAUAAAUAUAGGACGAAGCACAUUUGGGAAAAUUCUCCAUAUAUUUAUUCCGUUGCUGGACAGGCUUCUUUGUCAGGACACAAUUUGCCUUCAGAUGUCUAGCCAGCAAAUGCGGAAAUCUAGUGAAUACUUCUUUAGCAGACAUCAACUGCCAAGAAUAGUCGCCUGCGUGGAUGGAACUCAUAUAAAAAUAGUGAAACCUCUGUUUGUUUGUGCCUCUGUUUUUUUUAACAGAAAGGGCUAUUACAGCAUGAACGCCAUGGUUGUUUGCAACUAUAAUAUGGAGAUUAUCGCUAUUGAUGCGACGCACACCGGAUCCUGUCAUGAUUCUUUCAUUUGGAAUCAUUCAAGCGCCAGGGAAUAUUUGUCGAGAACAAUUAAUGAAUAUUUCGUUUUGGCAGAUUCUGGCUACGUACAGGAGAGUUUUGUGUUAACUCCCUACUGGAGCGCAGAGAUUGGGACGCAUCAGCAUCGAUUUAAUUUAAGAAAUGCUGCAGCCAGAAACAUAAUAGAACGAACAAUUGGUGUUCUUAAAAGCCGUUUCUAUUGUUUACAACGAUGCUUAAAUUAUCAGCCCAAUUUUUGCUGCCAAAUUGUUAACGUAUCCUGUGCUUUGCACAACAUAUGUAGAAGACGGAAUUUGUCAAUAAGUGACGACUUUCAAUUGGAGAAUAUUGAACAUGCUAUGAAUGAUAUGAAUAUAUGA